AUCUAAUCAGAGUUGUGGUGAAAACACCUGUUUCACCACUCUGCUCCCUGACGAGGUGAACAUGAAGAUCUGACUCCCAUGUCCCAUCUAUCUACUUUUUUUUUUAACGUUUUGUUGUAAUGUUAACUUGUGUCUGACGGAUAAAUCAGGAGGAUGAGGCGUCUCACGUCUAAUUUAAUCUUCACCGCAGGACUCAUCGUGGGAUUUCUGUCCCUUCGCUUUCUGUUGUACUGUUUCUCACAAGAGCAGCUCACAAACUUCGGGAGAGAUUACAGACCUGAAGCUGAAUACGGUUCACUGCAUCAACACAGAGGUAAGAAAAGGAGCCCAGCCACUAAUUCCUCCAACACAGUACGGGUCUUGUGCUGGAUCAUGACGGGGCCCAAUAACUUGGAAUCUCGAACCAAGCACAUCAGAGAAACAUGGGGCAAGCGCUGCAACAAAGUGCUGUACAUGAGCUCCGUCAAGACUGACUUCCCCACUGUGGAACUUAACGUGAGCGAGGGAAGGGACAAUCUGUACUGGAAGACCAUCCGAGCCUUUCAGUACAUCCACCAGCACCACCUGGACGAAGCAGACUGGUUCCUGAAAGCGGACGACGACACGUUCGUGGUUGUGGAGAACUUACGCUACGUCUUGUCCAAAUAUGAUCCAGAGAAGCCGUGGUAUGUGGGCAGAAGGUUCACCCCAUUCAUCAGUCAAGGCUACAUGAGUGGAGGAGCCGGUUAUGUCCUCAGUAAGGAAGCACUGAGGAGAUUUAUCAAAGGGUUCGAUACUGGGCAAUGUACCCACUUCUCCACCAUAGAGGACAUGGCUCUGGGAAAAUGUAUGGAGACGAUGAAGGUGAAGCUAGCAGACUCCAGAGAUGUGAAGGGGAGACAAACAUUUCAUUCUUACCCUCCAGGGUAUUACCUGAUCAGACAGCUACCAAGACCACGGCCUUGGUAUCUGAUUUAUGAGCACUAUGAACCAAUAGAGGGUCCAGGUUGCUGCUCAGAUUUUGUUGUGUCCUUUCACUACAUAUACGCCGUCCAGCUGUACGCUUUGGAGUAUCUGACGUACCAUUUACGUCCAUAUGGAUACAAACACAGAUUUAAUCCUGAUGAAAAAACUGAAUUUAAUGCCCCCAUGUAAAAAACGAAAAAGUCCUUGUUGGUGUCUGAAUUACAACCCUUGCACUAAUUGGAGAUGGGUCGAGGGUGUCAGUAUGUUUUCAGAGCAAAGCUUAAUUUAUAAACCUUUAAUAUAUUUAAUUCUAGGGUCUGAUUUCAACUGUGAAUGCUUUGAGGUGUUUAACUAAACUGCCACUUCACUGUGUGAACAUCUUAAAUUUUAAGAUUGUUCAUAACCUGUCUUCCUCAUUGUCUUUUAUGACAAUGCUACAAAUGCACUGUACUUAAAGAAGGGUGUCUUUCUCUGCCAUGUUAAUUUAAGGUGGUAUCUAGACCAAUAAAAACUGAUGAUGAUUGUAUCCUGGCCACCAACAUAAUGUACUGUCAAACUUUAGUGUCCUUUACUGGUUGGGUGUGACAUGUUUUGACAAAUACAGCUGUCAGAUAGACGCCGGAUCUGUUUUUAUAGAAAUACUUUGGAUGUUUGAACUAUAAUAGAAAUGUUUAAGCUUUUGUCAUGCUACACAUUGUUAGAUUCAAUCCUCCACAAUCCAGUCGGUCAGUUUAGUUGACCUAAACCAUGAGAAUGUAUAAUUCAUUCAAAUGUUCCUACACUUUGAGUAAGCGAUGGAAAUAAAAAAAGCAUUCUCUCUCUACCUUUUGAGGGGAAACAAGAUUUUAAACGUAAUUAAAGUAAUUAAGGGACUGUCGUAAAAACAGAAGUUCAUUGAUUGAUGCACAUAAAAGCCUGGGUUAUUUUAUUUAACGUCCGGUUCAGUUUGUUAAAAGAAGUGUGCAGCAUAUGUUUACACCAUGAAUCCAAGCAGAUGCCAUUUGUUGCAGGAUAUCUUCAUAUCCUCUGAUUGUCCGGUGCUUUAAAACACUGUAGCUUGUUGUGUUUAUACUUUUAUUUUUGGUAUGUCUGCUGGUUGUAGCUGUAUAUUUCCCAGAGUGAUAUGAACCUAUGAAUCUAUUCCCAAAAUGUCAAACUCCUGGGUUAAAAUAACUGUCCGAUUUUGGGACAUCCGGAUGGAACAAAAGGUUUUAACUUGAUAAACACAACAUGUACAGUCUGCUGCUGCGUGAGGCUUCAGAUCAGCAGCAACUACUGUGUGUGUACUCGACGUCAAAUGUCAUAUCUGUGAUGCACUUUUGAAAUUAUGUUAUUGAAAUGGGCAAUCUUUAAGAAAUUAUAUUUUAUUUAUUGAAAAAAAAGUUUAUUUUGUUUAACUACCAUGUUGUAAGUUCACUAUUCCUUCUGGCACUUUUAGUGUUAAACAAUUAAACAACAUAUUUUACA